AUGGACAAUUUAUAUUAUUGUAUACGCGUUAUGCAAAUCUCGACUGAAAAAUUGCAAUCGCCACGCUAUUACGAAUCUCUAUAUCAUACAUCAUUAAUUCGUUCGACUUUUCUACAAUCACGUAAACAUUUAUGUGAUCUACUUCAUUCAUUUGUUAAAAUAUCAUCAUCAACAAGUACAGAUCUACCGCUUCAUCAUAGUCAAAACGAGAAUAGAGACAAAUUUUUACCGUUCGAACAAACACGAGUCACUUUAAAGAAGCCAUCGUCGAAACGUAAAUCAUGUCAUGUCGAUACUGUUAAAAGAUUACGAAUAAAAUCACCAUAA